AUGCCAAACCAAGCACCCAUCAAUUGGUCGGAAGGGUCGGCAUUCAUUCAGAAGGGCACAAUCUAUGCGUCUCCCAACUCCAAGCGAGUGGUCCUCAUCCCCCCUCCCAACCAGGACUUUAAAGAGGUCUUUGCACGCAAAUUCACAUCGACAGACGCGUCCCUGCACGACCUAGAACUGGAGGGAUUCAAGCAACCCAUUCGGUGGCAUGAUUCAUAUGGAUGGAUGGCUUUCUUUCCACUGUCGCCCUCUUUUGUGUCCUUGCCGUUCAAAUUUCUGUGCUGGAGUCCAAAGUUAUUUUACCAUAGGGAUGGCCAGAUAAACCCACGGGUGCCAAAGCAACUGCCUACCUGGGCCAUGGACACGCUGGAACAACGAAAAUGGCACGACUGCAAGGUCAAUUUAAUCCUGGUGGCUGAAAAAGUGCGCCUGUGGUGUCGCAUACCGGGGACGCCACCACCAGUCCCGCAAAGCUUGGGGUAUAUGCUUAAACAUCGCACUGAGGAAGCCGCCUACCACAGUAUCAAUGCCACCGGACUCCACCCCGAUGACAGUAGGAAAGACAACCAACUCUGGUUCGACGAAACCUCGAGCAGAAAAUCUUCACUGGACGCCUCAAGUCCAGCCAACUUGUGGAAGGUACCUGUCACACAGAACGGAUCGCAGUGGGUAGAAUGGACCCCUACCAACGAAGCCUGGUAUCUGGAAUGUGUGGAGGCUAUCCUCACUCGCCAGGCCCAGCCCUUGACAAGAGGACAAUGGAAAACAAUGUUGCGCGGGACCCCUCCUAGUCGCAAGCUACAGGCUUCGGCAUCUCAACGCGCUCAGGCCUUCGUCGACGCGCAUGUUUCUGUGGUAGCCUCAUUUAAUGGUGCCCCAGGAUAUCGAUCGCACGCGUGA